UGAAAUCGGGGUUGAAAAUCUUGGCUGGAAUUACUGCUCGAUAUCCAGUCAAAUCCAAUAUCUGAUACACGGUGCCAUCAACCCUGUGACAUUUCUGCGUAACGUGAUGAUGCUUAUACCAGCUUGGAGAUGUUCAGCAGACAUUCAGCGUUAUCGCUAAUAAUGUCAAUAUAGGUUCAGUGUCUGGUAUCCAAUCCUCAAAGCCUUUACAUUGUGUCAUAUUGAAAAUGGGGGAAAAAUGGGGUGAGUAUCCGUAACGCUCGUUAUUCUCAGUGUAGAGCUCUUUAAGGGGGCAGGUUUUAUUGAGCUUUCUGGAGUGUUUGAAUAUUUUGCUUGAUUUUUCAUAUUAGCAGUAAAGCAAUAAGAUAUGUAUAUAUCAAACACAAAUAUAAUUUUUACCGUUCAUACAGUAGCUGGUUAUUGUACAUGGUAUAAGCUUAUGCCAUGCUGAGGAAGUCAAAUUGUUUGAAAUCUUACAUGUUCUAAAAUAAAACUACACAAUACCUUGUACACGUUAUAAAAUAGCAGUACACAGUACACCCUGUCCUAAAAAAAGGCUCCAGGUUGUUAAUUACCAUGGAGGUUGGUGAUUGAAGACUUCGAAGCCAGAAGCAUAGGAGGAGGAAGCCAGCAUUGGGUCAAUGUGAAUGCUUUGUUUAUACCAAGUGAGGUUACUUUUUUUCCUCUGAUGUGAAUAACUUUGUAUUUAAAAGCAGAUGACUCAAAGCUGUAUUGUUUUACAGGAAGUCUGUUUGUCAUUGAAUUGCAUUUUGAGUAAUUGGUCAAGGAUUUUAUUGACAUCAUCUCCUGGCGUAAUGUGAAAGCACCCAUGAUGUUCAAAGCCUUUGCGUUUUUAAAAAAUGUUUUUUGUUCUUCUGUGUUUAACUAUUGACUAAUGAGCUUUUGAGCAGUCUUGCUGAUAUUUUUUUCAUUUGCUAGUCUGCCACUAUGAUUUUUCAUGAAUGUUCAACUAUUUAUUAUAUGACAUGUUCUUCUACGCCUCCUAGAAAUGUUGCAGCUUUUUGGCAGUUGAUUUAACACCGAGAUCAUUUUGAAAAGUUCUAUUAGGCAAAUGUGGUGGCAUGACUUCCUCUUGGACUGUUAAUGAUCUAGAAGAUUAAAAAGAAAACAAGCUGUGUUUGUGUGAUGUCAAAAUACUCUCAGAUGCAGGACAGGAAUAUUUUCAGUGUUCUGAACCCCUAUUUGUUCCUUUGCUCUGUUUGUUGACCGUUAAAGUGAACCAUGCCAUAGAAAACCUUGGUGGAAACUUUUUUUUUUAAUGCCAUGUUUAGGCUUCAGCCAGACAACAGAUACCACCAUACAGCUGUAGAGUUUGUUCAGAUGCUCAAGAAAUACAGUUGUUGUCAGCAUUAAAGGCUGAGAAUUACAACACUAUUAAAACCUGAAUCUGACUAUCAUACAGUUUCCUGCUGUUCAGGAUUUAAAAUGUAACCUUGUUUGAAUGGUUUUCAGGAAGAAGAUACAUGAUUUUUGUCACCAACAUUGUUGAAAAUGUACACACGAAGAUAUUAAUCUUUUUUUUAUUGAUUAGGCUGUUGUGGCCAUUGAGGACCUCCAUGUCUGAAUAUAGUUGUUGUAAUGCCUCUGGCUUGUUAGCUUCCUGCGCAGAUUGUGAGAUUUAAGGCAGACAUCUGUUGAUCCCUUGCAGGCGGCCUGCACAUUUAAUCCCUCGUGUCGAGGCGAGGGAAAAUGCGACCCCCACCAGGAGCUGAUAGUGUCUGUGUGACCGGUGCCCAACCCUCUCUGCUUCUUGGCACCUUGGGAUCCUGUCCACAUUUGUGCUAGAAUAUUGACCAAGAGGCUGGACAUUUUGGAGAGCUGGAAAACUGGUGACUAGUUGAAGGAGCUCAUUGCUAUCUCCUAUAUGAUGGCCAACGCAGUUGGCAAUGCAACUCUGUGUGGUGAUUUAAAGGCUUUUCUGAGUAACCAAAACCUACCAAAAGGUAACAUUUCUCUUGUAGCACCGUCCAACUAUAGCUCUGUCACCAAGAUCACUUUAGGAGCAGUGAACUCUAAUGUCGGCGCACCGAUGAUUAUAAGCACUCCUCAGAGGGUGACUCACCCAGGAAGUAUCCUCAUCGGCAGCCCCUUCACGCCACACACUACACCUGCUGCCAUGGUUACACAAGCAUGCCCUCCAGAAGGCAACGAAUGGACACCAGGGAACAAGAAACGGACACAUGACUUUAUAGACUCCUAUUACUCUGACAGGGAUGGACUGUGCUCCAGUGACUCCUCAUCAAGUAAGAGGAUGAAGAAAGUUGAUAAGAAAGGAAAGGGGCUCAGGCACUUCUCCAUGAAGGUGUGUGAGAAGGUGCAGAUGAAAGGCACUACGUCCUAUAAUGAGGUGGCUGAUGAACUGGUGGCAGAGUUCACCCACGCCAGCAACCUAGCAGCUACAGAUUGUCAGGCGUACGAUCAGAAAAACAUCCGCAGGCGUGUAUAUGAUGCACUGAAUGUGUUGAUGGCCAUGAACAUAAUCUCAAAAGAGAAGAAGGAGAUUCGCUGGAUUGGUCUUCCCACUAACUCAGCACAGGAAUGUCGCAACCUGGAGAUGGAGAAGCAGAAGCGGCUGGAAAGAAUCCAGCAGAAAAGAAGCCAGCUAGAGGAGCUUAUACUACAGCAGAUAGCCUUUAAGAACCUGGUGAAGAGGAAUCAGGCCAACGAAGCGGCUUCAAAAUCCCGACCUCCACCCGGCUCUGUCAUUCAGCUGCCAUUUAUCAUUCUCAAUACAGACGUGCGCACAGUCAUCGACUGCUCCAUCUCCAGUGACAAAUGUGAAUACCUCUUUAACUUUGACAACAUGUUUGAGAUCCAUGAUGACAUUGAGAUCCUAAAGCGUAUGGGUAUGUCUCUGGGGCUGGAGAAUGGCACAUGCACCGCAGAGAACCUCAGUGUGGCCAAGUCUCUUGUGCCCAAAUCAUUAGAGAGUUAUGUCACAGGUAUGGCAAAGAAAUCCAACAGAACCACUCCCAAUUAUACAAGUCACAGCAGCACUGCUCCUUCGUACAACUCCGAAUCUCGGGGUCAGACACCCAGCUCUUUCAACGAGGAGGAGGAUGACGACGAUGAUGAAGAUGACGACGAUGAUGAGGAGGAUGAGCCCUCUUCUCCAGAAUGAUCUCGGAAAACAGUGUGCUGACGCCUUAUGCUUCUCUGAGACUCGGCCUCUGUCUCGCCGUUUGACUUUCUGCCAAAUCCACAGGUGGACUGAGACACUGGGAAUAAGCUUCCACUUGCUUGUGAUGUGAUAUUCCAAACUCUCCAUCUGUUUAACCCUCUAGAUAUUGAUCUCUAUUUUUAUCGAUCUUGUGCAUCCACACGUGCACACACACAGGUUUUAUAUCUCGAGGAGGAUUGAUCAGUAGUGUGCUAAUGGUGCUUUUCCUUCUAGCAAACCUCAGGUCAGGCAUGAGGAGGGAGUAAGUACUGGCAGGAAUUUCACAUCGACAGCUUUCAAUUGGUCUUCAUACUGCCUCAAAACCUCACUCAGUAAAGUCUCAUUGUAUUUAUUACUGUCCUAUUAUAAGAUGAACUCAUUAUCAUUGUAAUUUCUUGUUUAGACAACAGCUAAUGCUUUAUUGUUUGUUUUUUUUGGUUGCAUCUCCCCCACAUGCACUGUUAAGAAGUCGAUAGUUUAACUGUCUCCAUGUUCACAGUUUGGAAGGAAUUUGUGUGCUUUUCAGAUAAGGGGAAAAAAAAAAGAUUUGUUUGUUUUUCUAAGAUUCUUCUCAAUUUUGUUGUGCAUUACCUAGUUACUUCAUUUCUUGCCAUUUACUACAAUAGAAUGAAAUGGGGGGGGGGAAUGAAAUUACCAUAAUGAGAUUAGCAUAUUUGUCUGGGUACACAUGCCCUGAAGAGACACAUGCUAGGGAGUGAAGUGUUUUUGUAAGUGUGAUGUGUAGAGUAGCAUCUUCUGCUAAUGUCUGUUUUUGUUGCUAGGAUAUGAAAAUGGUCGAGACCAGGGUCAUUUCCCUCUUUGACCUACGCAGGUCAGCAUUUUAAGCCUGGAAUCUUAUUUGAAAAUUUAUAAGAAUAAUAUUAUUACUUGUCGUUUUCUCUGAGGGUUCCUACUUUGGUUUGGAAAUGUAAUUCAGUAUGUAUAUGUAUACAUAAACGUAUAAUUUUGGUUACCUCUUUGUGUCUUCAGCAAAUUCUUUUUCUGUACAACCAGCCAUUUAAAAAUGAUUAUUAUUUGUGCAGAAUUCAAUUACUCUGGAAAGUUUAGAAAAGUUCCUACUGCCUGCUUUACCUAUUACAAUAUUAACUCUUUUAUGUAACUGAUCUAGUCUUCCUGUAUUGGUGGACCUGACUGAAGACUAUCAUUGAUUUCAGGGAUUAAAGGCAGACUUUAUGCUUUGUUCUUAACACAGAGCUCACACGAAAAACACUGUUUCUCCGGAUAAAAACCUGAACAUUUGAGUGUAGUACACAUCAGGUUAACAUGUACUUGACACUAAUACUGAAGUAUGUGACAAAAAAUACAAUUCAAUAUAUUGCAUUUCUACAAAAUGUAAACUGAUAUCACAUGAUCAAGCAGCUCAAAAAAGAUCUAGAUGAUACACAUACAGUUUUAUUAAAAAGUCUUAAAAAUUCACAAAUGCAAAAUUGCCCAUGCACUCCGGGUGGGAGGGAUGGUAUACUCUCUCGCCUCUGUCAAUCACACUGACAUUAACCAUUGGUGGGUGUCUGUGAGCUCAUGUAUGUGUGCAGCCAGUGCUUUCCUCUGCAUGUGUUACACUGCCCUGUAAUGCAGCAAGAGCAGCAGUUCAAAAAGACUGUCCUGGAGGAAGCAUAUGUUAGUCUUCACACUCCUCACUUGGUAGCUGCCAUAUGAUCUGGAGAGCUUGCUGGCGGCCUAAUUAGGAAGAAAAUGGGGAAGAAAAAAUGUCUCCGCUACUAAAUAUCACCUUGUAAUGCUUUAGCGAAAAUGGCAAAACUUUCAUGUAUAUGGAAUUUCUAACUCCGUUUUCACUAUUCUAAAGGUUUUCUGCCAAAAGACUUCCUCAUAAGCUCAGUUUUUCUAAGAGCACUGACAUUCUGCAGUAAAUUACUGAGCACUAACGAUGAUAAUGGUGGUGUGACAGAGAAUUAAUCUUUUAAUUUUUUGUUUAAUGUUUGUUUUCUCAAUCCAGUUUUUUAAAUAAAUACAUCAGGGCUUUCUGGUAUCUUAUCACAUCAAAAGAAAAAUAUUCUGAAGUAAAAAAAGAUAUCAUAAAGAAACAUCAUGGGGUAUUAUCUGGGUUACUUGAAAAAUAAUCCUAAAUCUGCCUAUUUUAUGGGGGCCAAGAUAUUUGUCCCAAAAUGUUUCACUUAUAUUAUGCUUGUAAUAUAAGUGAAAUUCACUUAUAUUACUUAUAUUAUAUUAAAUAUGACUAUUUAA